AUGCGGACGUACGACGACACUUUCUCCGGCCAGAGGAUCUACCCCGGCAAGGGUAAGCUCUAUGUCCGUGGCGACAGCAAGAUCUUCCGCUUCCAGAACGGAAAGUCCGAGUCCCUUUUCCUGCAGCGCAAGAACCCCCGCCGCAUCGCAUGGACCGUUCUGUACCGUCGGGCGCACCGCAAGGGUAUCUCUGAGGAGGUCGCCAAGAAGCGCACCCGCAGGACCGUCAAGUCUCAGCGUGCCAUCGUUGGUGCUUCGCUCGAUGUGAUUAAGGAGCGCAGGACGAUGCGGCCUGAGGCCCGCAGCGCCGCCAGGGCUGCUGCCAUCAAGGAGAGCAAGGCAAAGAAGGCUGAGGCUGAGAAGGCCAAGAAGGCCGAGAAGGCAAAGGUUGCUGGCGGCAAGGGCCAGACCGGUCGUCUGACGAGCAAGCAGGGCGCCAAGGGUGCGCAGCAGAAGGUUGCCGCCAACACUCGUUAA